AUGGAUUUUGAUUUUAUGCCAAAAGGAAUGAUGAAUGACGAUGGUUCUGCUGACGAUGACGGUGAUGAUUUUAGGCUUAUAUGCCGAAAGAUGAAAACAGAACGAACAGUAGAAUCAUCUGAUCCUCAUGAAAUCGUCAUCGACCCAGUGCAAUUUUGUUUAUCCGCUUGCAAGUGGCGUUGGUCAACUUUUCCGCUGUUUUUUUUUUUCUUAAUUUUUUACUGGUCGUGUGGAAUUGGAGAGCAGCCAUUAGCUAGCAAGCAAAGAAAAAAUACCGAUUACAACAUUCUUGCAAACCAUUGUCAAUGCCUGAUUGAUUCGCCAUUUAUUCAUGAAAUAUUUACUAAAUAUUUUGAGAAUAUUUUUAAUAGUUCCGGUGAACAUCAUUCGACUUUAAUAAAAUAUAUACAGUAUGUUUCGAGGAAAGUCAGUUCAGAGGAUUCUUCUUCUGUCACCCAAUGUUUUGUCUUGCAGAAAAUGUCAGAAAUUGCUAGAAGAUUAGAGGCAGUAAUACUAAAAAUGAGUUUAAUGGAUGAAAAGUGGAGAAAAUGGGAUAAAGAAUACAAAAUAAAAAAGAUUAAUGAAAGAAAAACUGUCGAAGAAGCAGUCCGUGCUGCUAUCGAUGUUUAUGAUGCUGAUAAAACUGGUUUACAUGACUUUGCUCUUGAAUCUGCUGGUGGUACAGUACUUUUAAAGAAAUGUUCGCCCACUUACGAAAAUGCAUGGCGUUAUCAAAAAUAUCUUGGGAUACCAUUUUUUCAAGAAACCAUAUCACCAAGAAUCGUCAUACAGCGCAGAGUUGGACCAAGCACUGGUGACUGCUGGUCUUUCAAAGGCGAAGUUGGUCGAUUUUCGGUACGAUUGAGUCAUUCUAUCAAUGUAACUUCAGUAUCAUAUGAACAUUUACCUGCUCAGCUUAGUGCUGAUGGUUCAGUUAGUAGUGCACCUAAAGUUUUUCAAGUUUGGGGUUAUGAUGAUGAGGAUGAAAUGAACACUCGUCGAAUGCUGGGUGAAUAUCAGUAUGAAAGUACGGGGCGGCCAUUACAAUUUUUCAGAACACAGGUUUCAAAUUGGGUUUGUUUGCAUACUCAUCUGGCAUAUCCAGAUUUCUUUUGCUAUAGGUCGAUAUUAAUUCCAAAAUCACUAUCAGCUGAAUCUGAUCUACCAAAUGCUUUAAAGAACGGAGUACAACCAGUAGCUUCACAGUAUGAUCGAUUAAAGUACUUAUAUGCUACGGUUUGA